AUGAUGUUCUUUGGUCUGUACCUUGUGCCGUCUUUCUUCCUGUGGCGCUUUGCGAACGCCUACAUGGACGGGAGGAGGAAGCUGCGGGAGCAGCUCGCCACAUUUUGCGUGGAGAGGUCGAAGUGCUUCCUCGAGGCGCACAGGCAGGCCCUGUUGGCGGACAUCGCGGACAGGUUCGGGAGCGUGCAGGAGUUCGAACGCUUCAUACGGACCGAGCUGCCGCCCGUGAUCUCCGUCCUGAGGCAGGCCCCCGUGCCUCUGAUGACGGCCAUUGUCGGCGCGAUCUCCCAUUUCUUCUUCUUCACGGCCAUCAUUGCCAGCGCCAUACAGCAGGGGAAGGCGGACGUCGCCGCCCGCGGCGCGAUAACCCUCCCGAUCGUCUGGCUCUGCACCGACUCCCUGGCGCUGAACCUGGUGCUGGUGCUCGCGGGCCGCGUGCUCGCGUCCGAGCGGCCGCCCCCCCCAACGACGGACAGGUCGUAUUCGGGCCGCCGCCAUGCGUCGUGGCGCCACGCGUUGCCUCACUACCCGGGGCGGUUGGGCAGGGUGCUGCGCAGCAGGAUCGUCAGGAGCCUCCUGGGCCCGCUCACCUCCGCCACCGUCUUCGCCGGCCUGUGCGCGAUCGGCAUCAGCGUGUUCUUCCCGGUCCUCGGCGUCCUGCGGCGAGGCCUCGCCGAGGGCCGUCGGCGGACGCCGGCCGUCCUGCGGCGGGCCGCCGGCGGUGGCUGGCGUCGCAUCUGCUGGAGGCGUCGCGGGAGCUGGUUUAGCUCCCCGUGCGUCGCUGACGGAGUCUGGAGGCGUCGCGAGAGCUGGUCUAGCUCCGCCUGCGUCGCCGGCGGAGUCGCCAGCAGAGUUGAGCAUCUAGGCCGCUUCGGGCAGGGCAUCAGCAGCCCCGCUGCAUCGGACUCGGCCUGGCCGGCCUGGUGCGCAGCCCGCCCUCGACCGUGGUUGCAUUCGCGGUGCCCCGGUCUCGUCCGUGGCGCGGCCACUCGCUGGAGCGGGUCGACGCCGCCUAGUCUGGAGGGCAGUGGUCGUCUCGGGACGGGAAGUGCGUCAAGUUGUGUGGUAGUCUCCUCUGGCCUGCCGCGAUAGCCUACGCUUUGUGCCAGCGACAGCGCGACCACGUGCGGUCUGAACGAGUGCUCCUGGAGCGGAUGCGACACCGGCAUGCGCAUUCUACUUGGGAUAUCCGUACAUCGUCAUUCCCAACGCAGCAGGCAUGGACGUCAGUUGGUAAGCGCCAGUGCUGGCGCUCUUGACACUAUGUUUAUGCCAGCUGCAACCUUUUAUCACUUACGUGCUCUCAGUGAGCAUCGCUGCCCAUGCCGCCCGAGGGCUCUGGCACCCGGCUUGGGCGGAGGCUCUUUCGGGACUGGGCGGUUCUCCCUUCCUCUAUUGUCUUCAGAGAAGGAGACGCAAAGCAUGUUUGUCCGCCCGGCUUGUCGACAUCCUGGACGACGUGUUGCACGCCUGGAUGUAUGCAGCCAUGGUCAUUGCAUUCAUGUGCGCAGCGAUCACAGUGACUGCAUCUAGCAUUCACUGCGCCAAUUUAUUUGCUGCCAGCUGAUGCAGCAUCCGAUACCGUCAGCGCACAUGUCGCUCGACGGUUCAGGUCAUCAGAUGCCGUCAGCGCAGAUGCCGCUGAUGAUGCAAGUGUGACGUUGAUAUCACAGCUGGAAUUAGUUGGCAUACAUUGUGCCAUAUUGUGUUUGUGUUUUCACAUCGCCACGUGCGCCUAUAUUGUCGGCUUCACAUGGCAUAUGCGUGCGCUGCUCUGGCUUGCUCCCUGUUAUCAUGAGUCGUAUGGGUGAGGCGUAUUGGCGGCUAGAAAAUGGGGCCAAUGUUCAGGGGGGCCGGAAGAAGGCGGCCUCCGAUGACCCCCCCGAACCCGUGCGUCCAUCCUACGGUCUACGACCCUC